GCUAACAGGGUUGCUGGUGAUCGUCAGUAAAGUUAGCGUUAGGUGUUUUUGACAGUUAAGUCCAAGACAAUGUAAGAUAAGUUUAAAGACUACGACAUUUUGAAACGGUAAGAAAUGUUCUGUUCUUUUUGAAUACCAGCAAAAGCCAGUGGUGUUUAGAAAAUAUGGUCCACGACGAUUUACGGGUGGAGUGGAUCCGACAGCGUGUCUGCACCGGGUUCAAUUUACGGCAACAACAUCUAGACUGUUUUGAUGAGCUGCUCAAGAAAGGAGAUGGAGAAGAAGAAAGGAAAAUUAUCCGCUUCUUGAAUGUCGUAUCUGAGGAAGACUUCCCGUCGUGUCUCAUGUUUUUCAAAGGUGUUAGAGAGGAAGAAAUAGAGAUCAAAAUUCCUCUGGGCAACACAGACAGUGAAGAUGUUGAGGAAACCAAAAGUGGAGACGACAUAACCUCAGAGUCAGAUGAGAGAAAUGAACCAACCCCUAUUUAUAAAACUGAAGCACAACUUGUCUAUCAUGUCGAGCUUCAUGUAGAAGUGAACAAAGUGCCAGAGAGCUUCGUAAAAUCUCCUGUUCUCUACUUUAUGAGGCGUACAAAGGAAACUGUUGUCGAACCACCGGACAUGAAAGAAGCCAAUAAGAUGAUGUCAAGGCAGUUUAACUUUCACCUGUCAAAUGGGCACACCCUUCUUAUGCUGCAGACCAAACUUGCUCAUAUAUAUACACCCUUUAUUACAAUCCAGCAAAUGCAGAAUAUUGAUGGAGGUGCUCGUACCAGAGAAGUGCCAUCUCAGGAGACUAGUGGAGAACCUGGAAAGGUGCAACCACUGAAUACUAGUCAGCAAUAUGUGAUCCGUGAUGAGCUACUCAACAGGUUGCACAAAUUUUUGGGAUUUAUGAACAGAACUUAUCAACAACUACAAUUUCAAGAUGAGAUCAGGCUCCACAUCCCUGAUCUAGACCUGAAGCCUGAUGUGAAUGUCCUGCUUGCUGAUCCAGAGGUGUUAGAACUUCUGGAGCAGUGUGUAAUGAACUGGCAGACUCAAAUUACUGUUGUUCUUGAAGAACAAAUGAAGAAGAAGCCACAGGCACCAGGGCCUAUGGCUGAGAUAGUUUUUUGGCGAGAGCGUACAUCUGUUCUGAGUGCUCUGAGUGAGCCAUUUAAAAAACCUGUGGUAAAGAAGAUCUUGGAGGUGAUGACCAAAUCUGAUGCAGGCAUUAUUCAGGUCCUGGAAGGAACACUGGCUGAACUUACAAAAUACAGAGUGGAAUCAGAGGAUAAUUCUCGCUUCCUUGGUACCCUGGAAAGACACUUCAUGAAUUUGGCAACAGGAGUAAAUUUUGAUAUCAUGCUGGAAACCAUUCCUCCUCUGAUGAGCAGCCUGCAAAUGGUGUGGAUUAUCUCUUGCCACUAUAACACAAAUGAGCGUAUGGUCCCUCUAAUGGAGCGUAUUGCCUGGCAACUGUGUGAACGUGUGGCUGUAGUUAUUGACGUCCACACACUGUUCAAAGAUCAGAGAGAGGUGGCCAAAUCAAAGGUUCAUGAUGCUAAGCAGGUACUGGACCAAUGGAAGUCAUCCUAUUUUGAGGUACGCGCUGACAUUGAAGAAUCAGGCAGAGUUGGACGCUGGGAAUUUGACCGCAAGAAACUGUUUGAGCGGACUGAUUACAUGGCUUCGGUUUGUCAAGACCUUUACAAUAUAUUACAGAUUUUAGAGGAGCUUUACACCAUCUUUGGCCCAGAGCUAAAAAGUGUGACUGGUGACCCAAAACGCAUAGAUGAAGUGCUGUGCAGAGUAGACAGCCUGGUCUUGCCAAUUGAAGAGAUCAGUUUUGAUCCCUUCUGCAUCUCUAAAAUGAGCAACUGGAAAACGAUAAUGCAAGACUUCAAUACUACAGUUCAGGCUAUUGAAGGAGAGUCCAUAAACUUCAUUGACCAGUCAUUCAAGACACUUCGCUCUUCAGCGGCUGCAUUUGAUAUGCUCCUAAAAUUCAAGCACAUCCGCUCCAGAGAAGCCAUCAACAACCAUUUGAUGAGAAAGUUCAAUGACAUCUUGGCACAGUAUUGCAAAGAGGUCGACAUCAUAAAUGUAAUCUUUGAGGUCAAUAAGGACAAACCACCUCUAAAUAAGAACGAACCCCCUGUGGCAGGAGCCAUUAAAUGGGCCCAAUCUCUUUCCCACCGCAUCAAAAAACCCAUUCUUGCCUUCCUGAAAGUGACAGAGAUGAUGGAGAGUGAAAUGGGCAAAACAGCCAAGGACAAGUACAGGCAAAUGUCAGUGAAGCUCAGAGACUAUGAGAUGAAGAAAUAUGAAUGCUGGAGGGCUGAGACAGAGUGCAACUUGCCUUUGUUUAUGAAAAAACAGCUGCUGGUAGCGACUGCUGAAAUCAGUUUGCGGAGAAAUGUGCAAUAUAUUGUCAACUUUGCUCCAGAGAUCAAGGAAAUAAUAUCUGAGACAAACAAUCUUUCGUCACUGAGCUACUCUGUGCCAGAUCUGGCCAAGAAUGUUGCUCUACAAGAAAGCAAAUUCAUUAGGUAUCUUGAUGAACUACACAGCCUUGUCAACCGAUACCACUCUGUGAUGGACAGUCUGACUGAUGCAAAGGUCAUUAUGCUGGUUGAUCACAUCAAAGCUGUCCAAGCAGACUUGGAGUUUGGGUGUAAAAGAGUCAACUGGAAUUCUUUGGGUAUCGCUGAUUUCAACAAUAGAGGUCUCCAAGCUGUGUCUAAGUUUGAGGCAGUUGUCAAUCAGAUUCUGAAGAAUGAAAAAGAUAUUGACUCCAAGUUGCAAACCAUUGUGACAGCCAAUCUAUUGAAAUUUUCAGUCCCAGAUAAAGUAAAUGACCCACCAGGUGUCAAGCAGUUUUGUGAAAGUAUUGAGCAAGAGAGAACCAAGAUGCUGAAUUUGCUCACAAGGAAGUAUGCUGACAUUGGACCUCUGAUCACUAAAACUGAACAUUUGAUCCUGGGAACCAGCACCGGUAAAGCCAGGUGUAUGGCAGAAUACUAUAUGUACUGGGAGCGUAAGAUCCUAGACUCACUUAUAAAGAUGGUGCUGAGGAAUAUUCAAGCCUUCAAUACUACACUGAUGGGAAACACUCCUCUCUUCCAAAUUUAUGCCAUCCUGUCUGCCCCCAAAAUUGUGAUGCAACCUCAGCGGAAUGAGAUUUACAAGUUAAUAAUGCAGUGUGUCAGAGACUGUGUAGAGAGCACAAAGCAUUUUGUGCGAUGGAUGCAUGGUUCCUGCAAUGAAUGCCCUUCACAACAUGUGGGUGGAGAAGAUGAGGUGGUGACAUUUAGCUUCUACACUGAUGUAUGCCAGCAUCCACAGAUAAAUGAGAGCGCCAUGGCUGUGUCUCAAAACAUCCAGCAGCUGCUCCACUCUGUGGAGCGGUGCCUUAACCACUGGAAACACUAUCGGCCUCUUUGGGAAAAGAAUAAAACCAUUGUCCAUGAAAAGUUUGCUGCAAAAAAACCACCAUGUGUCCUGUAUGAUGAUAAGCUGCAGUUCCUUGCUCGUAUUGUUCAGGAGGCAUUGCUUGAGCCUCUGUUUAAGAAUGAGCACAGCAUCUAUCUAAACCUGGAGUCUUUAGCACAGACAGUGCAGGAGACUGCUGAGUCUUGGAUAAGUUCAUUAGGUAGCUUCUUCAACAAGUCUGCCAAAGAUGACCUCUUCAGUUUGAGAGAUGAACUCAAGCAUCUCACUGAAAAGCUGAGGCAGAGUCCUGACACUUUUGAAGACCUUAAAUCUGUCCUUGGCACAAUCUCACACAUCAGGGACAUGUCUCUGGAUGUUGAGAUGAGGUUCCUUGAUAUCAAAGAACGAUAUAGAACAAUGGCCAUGUACAAAAUAGAGGUUGGAGAAGAUGAACUGGAGCUGGUGGCUAAUAUUGAUCAGAUGUGGAGGGACUUAUUUACAGAAGCCAGACAAGUCGAUCGUAGUCUAACACACGUCAAGAAAUCUUUUGUUGUGAUUACCCAGGAGAAAAUUGCAGAGUUUCAGCAGGAUUUAACAAUUUUUGCUGAAAGCUUCAACAUGCAUGGUCCUGGAGCUGUGGGAGACAAUUUGGAGAAAGGACUGACCAUUAUGGAAACAUAUGAGGCAGACCUAGCAAAGACGGUGGCAGCACGACAGGAGUUAACUAAUGCUGAGAAGCUGCUUGACCUACCAGUCACUGUGUACCAGGAGAUUAUUAGUAUACAGAAGGAUAUGAAGGGCCUGAGACAGAUUUAUGAUCUGUAUAAAGCUCAACAGAAAGCAAAGGAAGAGUGGUCUACAACACUUUGGGUGGAUUUAAACAUCCAGUUACUACAGGAGGGCAUUGAAAGUUUUAUCAAGAACCUGAGGCAGCUGCCCAAAGAUGUGCGGGCGCUGCCUGUGUCCUUCUUUCUGGAUGGAAGGCUGAAGGAGUUCAGAGAGUCACUGCCCCUUCUGUUGGACCUGAAAAAUGAGGCACUAAGGGAGAGACACUGGAAGGAACUGAUGGACAGGACAGGCACAAGCUUUGAGAUGAACCCUGAAAGUUUCACGCUGGAAAACAUGUUUGCUAUGGAGCUCCACAAAUACACUGAUGUCAUAGGUGACAUUGUCACCUCUGCAGUAAAAGAGCUCAGUAUUGAGAAGGCAAUAAAAGAUGUAGUAGAGACCUGGGAAAACAUGAAUUUCAGUGUGCAGCCUUAUUUUAAAGGCACCCAGGAACGUGGUUCUAUCUUGGGCUCAGUGGAUGAGAUCCUGUUGAAUGUCGACAAUGAUGCCAUGAACUUACAGAGUAUGGCAGGAAGUCGUUUUGUUGGACCAUUUCUGGGAACUAUACAACAAUGGGAAAAAGAUUUGUCCCAUAUUAGUGAAACCAUUGAGGUAUGGCUGCUGGUGCAGCGAAAAUGGAUGUACCUGGAAAGCAUUUUCAUUGGAGGAGAUAUACGUUCACAAUUACCUGAAGAAGCAAGGAAGUUUGAUGACAUUGAUAAAAAGUUCAAAGGAAUAAUGAAUGAUGCAGUGAAGGACCCAAACAUUAAGCGGGGUUGCCUUGUUCCUGACCGGCUAACAGAUUUGCAGGCCCUCAGUGAUGGUCUCGAGAGAUGUCAAAAAAGUCUCAAUGAUUACUUGGACUCCAAACGCAAUGCUUUUCCUCGCUUCUUCUUCAUUUCUGAUGAUGAACUGCUAAGCAUUUUGGGGAGUAGUGACCCUGCUUGUGUCCAGGAGCAUAUGAUCAAGAUGUAUGAUAACAUAGCAUCUCUGAGGUUUGAUGUGGAAAGCAAUGGGGAGACCAUAGUUGGAGCCAUGGUUUCUGCAGAGGGUGAAGUGAUGGAGUUCAAGAAGCCUGUCCCAGUAGAAGGCCGAGUGGAGGAAUGGAUGACUGGAGUCCUGUUGGAAAUGAGGAGAACAAAUAGACUCAUCACCAAGGAAGCAAUCUUUCACUACUGUGAGGACAGGAGCAGGGUGGAUUGGAUGUUGCUUUACCAGGGGAUGGUGGUUCUGGCUGCUAAUCAAGUAUGGUGGACCUGGGAGGUAGAGGAUGUUUUUCAAAAUGUGAAGAAAGGAGAAAAGCACGCACUAAAGAACUACGCAAAGAAAAUGCACCAGCAGAUUGAUGAACUGGUCACACGCAUCACACAACCUAUGAAGAAGAAUGACAGACGAAAGAUCAACACUGUCCUUAUCAUUGAUGUCCAUGCAAGGGACAUUGUAGACAGCUUUGUAUUUAAGAGUAUAAUGGAUGCUCGAGAAUUUGAAUGGGAAAGCCAACUGAGAUUCUACUGGGUUCGGCAACACGAUGAUCUGUUUGUGCAUCAGUGCAGUGCCUCUUUCUCUUAUGGCUAUGAAUACAUGGGGUUGAACGGUCGAUUGGUCAUAACCCCACUGACAGACAGAAUCUACCUCACCCUCACACAGGCCCUUUCGAUGUAUUUGGGUGGAGCCCCUGCAGGACCGGCUGGUACAGGAAAAACAGAAUCCACUAAAGAUCUGGCCAAGGCUUUGGGCCUACUCUGUGUGGUUACAAACUGUGGUGAGGGCAUGGACUACAUGGCUGUAGGGAAGAUCCUUUCUGGUCUUGCCCAGUGUGGAGCCUGGGGCUGCUUUGAUGAGUUCAACCGGAUCGAUGCCUCAGUGCUCUCAGUUAUCUCUUCCCAAAUCCAGACAAUCCGUAAUGCUCUCAUUCUGCACCUUAAAAGGUUUAGGUUUGAAGGCCAGGAGAUCAGCCUGGAUGACCGAAUGGGGAUUUUCAUCACUAUGAACCCGGGUUAUGCAGGACGCACAGAGCUGCCAGAGUCAGUCAAAGCCCUUUUCAGGCCUGUGGUGGUUAUAGUGCCUGACCUGCAGCAGAUCUGUGAGAUUAUGCUUUUCUCUGAGGGCUUCCUCAUGGCGAAGCUUCUGGCCAAGAAGAUGACAGUACUCUAUAAGCUUGCUCGUGAGCAACUCUCCAAACAGUCGCAUUAUGACUUUGGGCUGAGGGCUCUAAAGUCUGUACUCGUGAUGGCAGGAGAGCUGAAGAGAGGCUCGCCAGAUCUCAAUGAAGAUGUGGUGCUGAUGCGUGCCCUCAGGGACAUGAACCUGCCAAAGUUUGUGUUUGAGGACGUGCCUCUGUUCCUUGGGUUGAUUUCAGACCUGUUCCCAGGGCUAGAUUGUCCACGUGUCCGCUAUCCUGACUUUAAUGAUGCUGUUGAACUCAUCCUGCAAGAGAACAAACAUGUCAUUUUACCUAACCAGGUAGAUAAAGUUGUGCAAAUGUAUGAGACCAUGAUGACCAGGCACACAACUAUGGUGGUGGGACCAACAGGUGGAGGAAAGUCAGUUGUAAUCAGUACCUUAUGUCAAGCUCAGACCAAAAUGGGGUUACAAACAAAGAUGUAUCCUCUGAACCCCAAAGCUAUGAGUGUCAUUGAACUGUAUGGUGUUCUGGACCCUGACACACGAGACUGGACAGAUGGGAUCUUAUCCAACAUUUUUCGUGAUAUCAACAAGCCCACUGACAAAAAAGAGCGGAGGUACAUCCUGUUUGAUGGCGAUGUGGAUGCUCUGUGGGUUGAGAAUAUGAACUCAGUGAUGGAUGACAACAAGCUCCUUACUCUAGCCAAUGGAGAACGGAUCCGUUUACAGAACCACUGUGCCCUGUUGUUUGAGGUGGGAGACCUGCAGUAUGCUUCCCCUGCUACUGUUUCUCGUUGUGGGAUGGUUUUUGUUGACCCCAAAAACCUGCGAUACACUCCAUACUGGCAGAGAUGGGUGAUCGAUAAACCUGUCAGGGAUCAAGAAGUGUUGAACAAACUGUUUGAGAAAUAUGUGCACAGCUCCAUUGACAUGAUUGUGGAUGGUAUUGUUGAUGGCAAACAGGACCAGAAACUCAAGACUAUAGUCCCUCAAACAGAUCUGAAUAUGGUCACUCAGCUGUGCUUGAUGUUGGAUGCCCUGCUGGACAAUGAGAGCAACCGUGCUAAUGUUGUGGAAUGUUAUUUCCUGGAAGCCUUGUACUGUUCAUUAGGGGCCACACUGCUGGACAAGGAUAGGCUCAAGUUUGAUGAGUUCAUUAAAAAGCUGUCCUUCUUAAACACAGUGCAUGACGAAAAAUCUUUGGCUGGACCUGGUGAGAUUCCAGUUUACCUGCCAACGCUGUAUGACUUCCAUUUUGAAGGAACACAGGAGAAGUGGAUUCCUUGGAGCUCACUGGUGUCCAAAUAUAUCCACAACCCUGAAAUGAAGUUUGCAGAUAUUCUAGUACCAACAAUCGACACUGCCAGAACAAGCUGGAUCCUGGAGCAGAAGGUGAAGAUAAAGAGGCCGGUGCUUCUGGUUGGAGAGUCAGGCACUUCAAAGACUGCAACCAUUCACAAUUUCCUUAAGAACCUUGAUGCUGACACAAAAAUUACCCUGACCAUAAACUUCUCAUCUAGAACAACAUCAAUGGACCUUCAGCGGAAUCUGGAGGCCAACGUUGAGAAGAGGACCAAAGAGACAUAUGGGCCUCCGAUGGGGAAGAGACUGAUUGUCUUUAUGGAUGACAUGAAUAUGCCGAAGGUGGAUAGCUAUGGCACACAGCAACCUAUUGCAUUACUGAAGCUCCUACUGGAUCGAGGUGGCAUAUAUGACAGAGGGAAAGAGCUUAACUACAAAACCCUAAAGGAUCUUGGCUUUGUUGCUGCUAUGGGAAAAGCAGGAGGGGGAAGGAAUGAGGUGGAUCCCCGCUUCGUCUCACUCUUCAGUGUCUUCAGUAUCCCCUUCCCUGCUGUGGAGUCCCUUCACCUGAUCUAUGGUUCUAUUCUCAAAGGUCAUAUGAAGACAUUUGAGGAUGUCCUUCAAAAGGUUUGCGACCAAGUCACCUCCUGCACGCUGGGGCUAUACAGUAAUAUCAUCAAAGAUCUCCCACCCACUCCCUCAAAGUUUCACUACAUCUUCAACCUGAGGGACCUAUCAAGAGUCUACAAUGGACUAACCCUCACCAGUCCUGAAAGGUUUUUGACUGUUACCCAGUUUGUGCGUGUCUGGAGAAAUGAGUGCCUGAGAAUAUUCCAUGACAGAUUGAUUGAUGAAACUGACAAAGCUUUGGUCCAAGGUCAUAUAAAAAAUCUGAUUGAUGAGCAUUUCAAGUCAGACCUAGAGACCAUCAUGAGGGACCCGAUUCUUUUUGGAGACUACAGGACAGCCCUCAGUGACACUGAACCAAGAGUCUACGAGGACAUACAAGACUAUGAUGCAUCAAAAGCCUUGUUUCAGGAAAUUCUUGAAGAAUACAAUGAAAGCAAGUCAAGGAUGAACUUAGUACUUUUUGAUGAUGCAUUAGAACAUCUGACUCGGGUGCAUCGCAUCAUUCGCAUUGAUCGUGGACAUGCACUGCUUGUUGGUGUGGGAGGCUCUGGAAAGCAAUCCCUCACCAAGCUAGCUGCCUUCACUGCCGGCUGUGAGGUUUUUGAGAUAACACUAAGCAGAGGAUAUAGUGAGUCAAAUUUACGUGAAGAUCUAAAAACACUGUACUUGAAGCUAGGAAUUGAAAAUAAGAAGACAGUGUUUCUAUUCACUGAUGCACAUGUUGCUGAGGAAGGAUUCUUGGAGCUCAUUAAUAACAUGCUCACAUCAGGAAUUGUUCCUGCUUUGUUCCCGGAUGACGAGAAGGAGUCAGUUCUCAACCAGCUUCGUGACGAGGCGCUCAAAACGGGGGCAGGUCCUUCUAAAGAGAGUGUAUGGCAGUACUUUGUCAACAAAAGUGCCAAUAAUUUACACAUUGUCUUGGGUAUGUCUCCUGUGGGUGACACCCUGAGGACACGCUGUAGGAACUUCCCAGGACUGAUGAACAACACAGUAAUAGACUGGUUCCUGCCAUGGCCGCCACAGGCACUACUUGCAGUGGCUCAGUCUUUCCUUGGUGAGAGUCCAAUGAUUCCUGAGGCACACUCUGCAGAAGUAAUAGCUCAUGUAUGCAUGGUUCAUAGCUCUGUUGGAGAGUACAGUAAGCUAUUCCAGCAGAAACUUAGACGUUGUAAUUAUGUUACUCCAAAGAACUACUUGGACUUCAUAAAUACCUAUUGUAACCUCUUGGAAGAAAAGGACCAAUACAUUUUGGCUCAGUGCAAGCGUCUAGAGGGGGGAUUGGAUAAGCUGAAAGAGGCCAGUGAACAGUUGGCUGAGUUAAAUGUCAAACUAGCAGAGCAAAAGGUAGUCCUAGCAGAAAAGUCCACAGCCUGCACAGCUCUGCUCGAGGAGAUUUCUACAAACACCACUGUUGCUGAGGAGAAAAAGACCCUAGCAGAAAGUAAAGCCAAAGAAAUUGAAGAGCAAAACAAAGUAAUAGCCGUUCAGAAGAAAGAAGCUGAACAUUCUCUAGCUGAGGCUCUUCCAGCAUUAGAGGCAGCCCGCCAUGCACUUCAAGACCUGGAAAAAUCUGAUGUUACAGAGAUCCGAUCCUUUGCCAAGCCUCCCAAGCAAGUCCAAGUGGUCUGUGAGUGCAUCCUGGUGCUACGUGGCUACAAGGAGGUCAGCUGGCAAGCAGCUAAGGGGAUGAUGUCAGAGGCUAACUUCCUGCGCUCAUUGAUGGAUAUGGACUGUGAUUCCAUAGCUAACAGCCAGGUCCGGACUGUCAAAGGUUUCCUAAAGAACCUUCAAACUACCUUUGAGGAGAUGCAAGCCAUCAGUAAGGCUGGCUCGGGAAUGCUCAAGUUUGUUGAUGCAAUUAUGGGUUACUGUGAUGUGGCCAGGGAAAUAAAACCCAAAAGAGAACAGGUAGCACGUCUGGAGAAGAACUUCUUUCACAGUAAGCAGGAGCUGGAGCGCAUUCAGAGUGAGCUGAGUGAGAUCCAGACAGAGCUGGAGGCACUUAGAGAGAAGUACCAAGCAGCUAUCACAGACAAACAGCUGCUAGAGGAGGAGGCUGAGCUCAUGGAGAGGAGACUGAUAGCUGCUGACAAACUCAUCUCUGGCCUUAGCUCUGAGAACAAGCGGUGGACACAAGAUUUGGAGGAGAUGAAACAACGACGUGUGCGUCUGCUGGGUGACUGUCUGAUCUCUGCUGCUUUUCUGAGUUAUGAGGGCGCCUUUAGCUGGAGCUUCAGGAAUGAAAUGGUAUACCAGUUAUGGGUUAAGGACGUACAAGAGAGAGGCAUCCCCUUAAGCCAGCCAUUUAAGGUGGAAACCAUCCUAACUGAUGAAGUGGAAAUCAGCAGGUGGGGCUCAGAAGGCUUGCCUCCAGAUGAGCUAUCAGUGCAGAAUGGAAUUCUAACAACCAGAGGCAGCCGUUUCCCCAUGUGUAUUGACCCUCAACAACAAGCCCUCAACUGGAUUAAGAAGAAGGAGGAAAACAACCAUCUCAAGAUCUCAUCCUUUAAUGAUCCAGACUUCCUGAAGCAGCUAGAGAUGGCCAUUAAAUUUGGCUACCCAUUCCUUUUCCAAGAUGUGGAUGAAUAUAUUGACCCUGUGAUUGACAGUGUGUUGGAGAAGAAUGUAAAAGGAGCAGAGGGCAGGCAGGUCAUCAUGCUCGGUGACAAGGAGGUGGACUAUGAUCCUAAUUUCAAAUUGUAUCUCAAUACCAGACUGUCCAACCCUAAGUAUUCCCCAUCUGUUUUUGGAAAAGCCAUGGUCAUUAACUAUACUGUGACCCUUAAGGGCCUGGAAGACCAGCUAUUGAGUGUUAUCAUGGGCUUUGAGAAGAAAGAACUGGAGGAGCAGCGUGAAUAUUUGAUCCAAGAGACAAGUGAGAAUAAGAAACUGUUGAAGAACCUUGGGGACUCUCUGCUCAGAGAACUAGCCACAUCUACUGGAAACAUGUUAGACAACACAGAGCUGAUCUACACACUGGAGAAAACAAAGUCCAAAGCCAGUGAGGUAUUUGAGAAACUAAAGCUGGCUGAGAAGACAUCGGUUGACAUUGAUAAGCUCAGAGAUGGAUACCGACCUGCUGCUAAGCGUGGUGCCAUCCUGUUCUUUGUACUGACAGAAAUGGCUUUGGUGAACAGCAUGUACCAGUACUCUCUUGCCUCCUAUCUGGAAGUGUUUGACUUUUCACUACGUAAAUCAAUGCCUGACCCUGCUCUGGCUGUAAGACUGAAGAACAUCAUGCACACUUUGACGUACAAUGUCUAUAACUAUGGAUGCACAGGGCUAUUUGAAAGACACAAGCUGCUCUACUCCUUUAACAUGACCAUCAAGAUUGAACAAGCAGAAGGGAGAGCACCUCAAGAGGAGCUGGAGUUCUUUAUUAAAGGCAAUCUGUCCUUGGAAAAGAGCAAUCGUAAAAAGCUGUGUGACUGGCUUCCAGACCAGGGCUGGGAGGACAUAGUGAAACUAUCAGAGCUCUUUCCUGACCAGUUUGGUUCUCUGCCUGAUGAUGUGGAGAAGAAUUGUGAUGAGUGGAAGUCUUGGUAUGACCUGGAUGGACCAGAACAAGCUUCAUUCCCCAUGAAAUAUGAGGAGAACUUGUCAGCUUUUCAGAAGUUGCUUUUGCUACGCUGCUUCCGUGUCGAUAGGGUCUACAGAGCUGUAACUGACUACGUUGCUGUGACCAUGGGAGAGAAAUACGUUCAGCCUCCUGUGAUCAACUUUGAUGCAAUUUAUGAACAGAGCACACCAUUCUCCCCUAUUGUUUUCAUACUGAGCCCUGGCUCUGACCCAGCCAGUGACAUCAUGAAACUAGCAGAGAGAUCAGGCUUCAGAGACAAGUUCACAUUCCUUGCUAUGGGCCAAGGUCAAGAGAAGGUGGCCCUGCAGUUGCUGGACAAAGCAGUGUCCCGUGGUCAGUGGUUGAUGUUGCAGAACUGCCACCUGCUUGUAAAGUGGCUGAAGGAACUGGAGAAGUCCUUAGAAAGGAUCACCAAGCCGCAGACAAGCUUCCGCCUAUGGAUCACCACAAACCCCAUUGAUGACUUCCCCAUUGGCAUUCUGCAAAAAUCUCUAAAGGUAGUGACAGAACCUCCCAAUGGUCUCAAGCUGAACAUCAGAGCGACGUACUCGAAAAUCUCCCUCGAGUCCUUGGCUACGUGCCCACACCCUGCCUUCUGCAGCCUAGUAUAUGUGUUGGCUUUUUUCCAUGCUGUUGUGCAGGAACGACGUAAAUAUGGCAAAAUUGGCUGGAACGUCCCCUAUGACUUCAACGAGUCAGACUUUUUUGUGUGCAUGGAGAUUCUGAACACCUACCUGACAAAAGCUCACGACCAAGGAGACAGUAAUAUUCCAUGGGGGAGUCUUAAAUAUCUUAUUGGAGAGGUGAUGUACGGUGGGCGAGCCAUCGACAGCUUUGACCGCAGGAUCCUGACUGUCUACAUGGAUGAGUAUCUUGGAGAUUUCCUCUUUUACACCUUUCGGCAGUUUAACUUCUUCAGCAACAAAGAUGUCAUUUAUAAAAUACCUUCACAUGGGCCCAAGAAAGUAUAUGUCGAUGAGAUUGAAUCCUUGCCACUUGCAAACACACCAGAAGUACUGGGUCUUCACUCCAAUGCAGAGAUAGGAUACUACACACAGGCUGCUAAAGACAUGUGGACACAUUUAAUAGACCUGCAGCCUCAGACAGGUGAAUCCAGUGGAAGUAUCAGUAGGGACGAGCACAUCGGUCAGGUGGCACAGGACAUUCAAAGCAAGCUGCCUGAAUUGUUUGACCUGGAUGUAAUCCGCAAGAAAUUUGGAACAGACAUCUCCCCAACAUCAGUGGUGCUCCUUCAGGAACUGGAACGAUUCAACAAGCUAGUUCUCCGCAUGCAGCACUCUCUGGCUGAGCUGCAGAGGGCCUUGGCUGGUGAAGUAGGUAUGAGCAGUGAGUUGGAUGAAGUUGCUCGGGCUUUGUUCAAUGGUUACAUCCCUGCUAUUUGGAAGAAACUGGCUCCUGACACUCUAAAGUCUCUUGGCAACUGGAUGAGUCAUUUCAAGAAGCGUUAUGAGCAAUACCACUCCUGGGUUGAUGAAGGAGAGCCAAAGGUUAUGUGGCUAUCAGGACUCCAUAUCCCAGAGUCCUACCUGACUGCCCUGGUCCAAGCUGCAUGCAGAAAAAAUGGUUGGCCUCUGGAUCUUUCUACACUCUACACACAGGUGACACAGUAUCGCAGUGAGGAUGACGUCACUGACAGACCUGGACAGGGCUGCUUUGUAUCUGGCCUAUAUCUGGAGGGUGCAGACUGGGAUGUGGAGAAGGGCUGCAUAGUGAGGAGUAAACCGAAAGUUCUGGUUGUUGAACUACCCAUACUUAAAAUUAUCCCUAUAGAGGCACGCCGCCUCCGGUUACAGAAUACACUGCGGACACCGGUGUACACUACAUCCUUACGGAGGAAUGCAAUGGGUGUUGGGUUGGUUUUCGAGGCAGACCUGUUUACCAUGGUACACCUCUCCCACUGGGUGCUCCAAGGAGUCUGUUUAUGCCUUAACGCUGACUAAUGACUAAAGUCAAAACUCUACAGUAAGAAACUAGACAGUUUUCAUUGAGUUAUAUGUUAAAUUAAGGACAUUGUGCCUGAUUUUGACACCUUUAAUUUGCUAUUUUCACACAUUAAUGUUAUUAGAACUGAUUAUAUAACUUUUCAAAUAAACUGAAAUAUUUAAGGAAAUUGUGGGUUUU